GGAGGAGGAGGUGGUGGAGGAGGAGAGGUCGGAGCCGUCUCCAGGAGCCCUUAGAGACAGAGUGCCCGGCGGCAGCGGCGGGGCAGAGCAUCCGCAGACGAGUGAACACCGAGCGGAGGACUCAGGUGAUUCAUUCCCCCACUUGAAACCUGAAAACGGUCGGCCACACAGAGUCUUACUGAUUUCAGGUAAAAAACAGUAACUGAAGAUGUCAAGCAAAACAGCAAGCACCAACAACAUCACCCAGGCAAGGAGGACUGUGCAGCAGUUAAGACUAGAAGCUUCCAUUGAAAGAAUAAAGGUUUCAAAGGCCUCAGCGGACCUCAUGUCCUACUGUGAGGAGCACGCCAGGAAUGACCCUUUGCUGGUAGGGAUACCAACCUCAGAAAACCCUUUCAAGGAUAAAAAAACUUGCAUCAUCUUAUAGAAGAAGAGUGAAACGGUCCCUCACUUCUUCUCAACAAAUCAAAUGAUGAGCAGCUCCUUGAAGAGAAUUACCUUCAGCUUAUUUGGUAACCACUGCUAAUAACUAAAAUGCUCUUAAAGUGGAAUAAUAGACUCUGAAGUCUUUAUUUUCCAAGUCGUCCUUUCUCUGAAAUACGCUUUUACUGAUCUAACACAAAAUAACAAUCUUGUUUUCCAUUUGGUAACUAUGGUGUCGUAUUAGGUUACUGCUUAAUGAAAGUCUGUUUAGGCCUUUUAAAAAACACAAUUACAUACUUCAAAUAUAUGAACGAUCCAGUUAUGUCAAGGCCUAAAUUACCUAAGCCCCUGUUUAGAUAAAACGCCAAGAAUAACUUAAGUCCUUACACCUUUAUGUCAUAAUUGUUCUUAAUAGGGUUGUGCCAACCUGUACUGUGUACACAGGUGGAGUGUGUGUGUGUGUGUGUGUGUGUGUGUGUAUCUUUGUAUAUACACAUAUCAAAACUUACUUGCUUAUUAAAAUUUCUCUCUCUCCAUACCAUCAGUUCCUCGGCUUCAGAAGUUAUUGUAAGCUAUGUAUAGGUAGCAUAAGAAAUUCUUUUCACAUAGUUAUUGUACAAAAGAAAAGAGCAUCCUAAAGGUUGUAUUCACUGUAAUCAAGUAAUGAAGUCAUCUCUUGCUGACCCUUUUCGGCUACAACAAACUGUGCAGUUAAAAGUUUAAAAGAACUGAAAGUUCUUUUAUAAUGUGAGGUAUUCAUUCUCAAGAGGCCUUUCGGGCUUCAGCAAUCAUGAGUCUAGAAAAAGGGGACAUAGCUCUUGGGGAGAACACAGGGCCACUGUCCCCACCCCCCACAGGGCUCACGUUCUCUGGUUUAAGGUAGACACCUCGGAAAUUUCCACCUUAAUGAUGGGAAUGAGACCAAGUGCACUGGAGCCGGGCAGAGAGAGGAGCAGGAUGGUAUGCAAACCAGCUGCUGCUCUUGACCAGACUUUGUGAUCUAGCUCCUCUUUUUCUCUCUGCCUUCCCUUUCUUUACCUUUCCUCACCUCCUAGAACAUCUGUCUGCAGAGGUCCUGUUCACUGCCCCAGCCCAGGGGGGUGGAACAUGCUGAGAAUGAAACAUAGAAAAAACAUGAAGGUGUCAAGACACAAGCUCUUUUCGCAGUGUCAGUGUCAUCCCUGCCUUGUCCACGAACUGUCCAGGAGAGGAGGGACUCGGUGGCACAUGACUUAAGCCCAGGGGCUCCAGCAGCUGGGCAUUGGGUUCCUUGAUUUUCCUCUGGGCACGAGUGUAGCCCUCACAUCCUCGAAAUUUCCAGUGGGGAUCCCAAAAGAAGGACUUUCCUAUGACCAGAGAGUCUGUUAAGUUUAUUAAAAGGGAAGAGAGGUUCUUUUUUUCUUAAUGCUCACUAAGGGCCCAAACCAUACACUUAGCCUUUGAUAUUUUCAUUCAUCUUCAGUUCCUUAAAAAUAACUACAAAUGAAGGAUUAAAAACAUUAUUUACAAUGGAUUUUCUCUAGUUCUGUAUAAUCUUGUCCUACACUGCAAGCCCCUUUUAAAAUCUAAGGUCUGGGCGUUGAGUAUUAGAUUAAUUGUGGAUGAACAAAUGCCGGACUGUUUUAAACUGCUCAAAUAUAGUCAUUCUUUCCCCACGUCACCUAUCUCUUCAGCAUUGCGAACUGCCCUCGCUUUCCAACACCAUGUGAAUCAUGCCACUGCCUUAAACCUCUUGUCAUCUAGGACAUGCCCAGUUCCCAAGUAAAUUAUAGGCACCUGUUCAGGGGAGAGAGAGGUUUUACCUUUCGAAAGGUGAAAUUUGACACGUACACUAAAAAGACAACUUCACAUUUAAUGCUUCACUUAAGGAGACUUUUUUUUUAAUAAGUAUAUUUUUCUGGUAGUUUCAGAACACUAAUCUUAUUUUCAUUCUGAUUUUUAAUGUUUCUUAUAUAUUUAUAAUACAUCUUAUUAAAAUAUUUUCAUGAAAUUAUGUUUAUUAUACAGUUAUGUGCACAUUUUCGGUAGCAGGCAUAGAUUAUUCAGUACUAAAACAUGUUCUUUUACCUAAGAGAAAACAAAUACAUUUUGUUAUAUAUUUGUUAAGAUGCUUAUAGUGAUAAGGAAUGGACUUGAGGUCCCAGGAGAUUUCAUUUUAUUUUUGCUGGCUAGAUAUCAAAGGCCGGGAGUAUAAAUGUCAUGUAACUUCCUCAACAGGUAUAGGGCCUGUUCAAAAAAAAAACGAAAUCAAAUCUUGUGAUGCUGGACCCAAGGGGAUUAUGGAGGCGGCGGGGAGGGGGGCGGUAAAUUGUAGCUAAAUGUUGAUUUACUUAUAACUUAGACAUCUAUGUGAGAAAAUAUAAUAUAUGUAUACAUAUAUAUGAUAUGCAGAAGUCACUUUUAUUUAUCAGGCUUUAUUCUACUUAUGAAGCCACAGUUUAACUGUUCUGCAGUAGCUGGUUUAUGAUAAUGAUGAACAAAUGCCCAGAGUGUGUUAUUUUUUCCAACUACCACUAUAAAGACACACUUAAUCACAUAUAUACACACACCUUCUUGGCUUCAUAUCUAUGAAGCCAUUUAAAUACAUUCACUAUGCUUUGUCUUUGAUGCUGCUUCUGUUAACAGUGAUCUUUUUUUUUUUUCAUUCUUAUAUCUAUAUUAGUUCAUCAUAAAUCUGUCCAGUUGAGGCCAGAAUCAUGACAAGGUAUCCUAGACAAAAUUUCAUGACUCCAAAGAAUUUUACAGAAACACCUUUUUUUUUCCUAGAGAGAAAACACUUAUAUACCAAGUGAUUCACAAGUUAAAAGUUGUAACUACUUUUUUCCUAAAAAGAAUCAGGUUUUUACAUUUUCUUACUAAAUUAAAAAGUGCCAUACUUUCAAAGGAAAGAUCUGAUUUGCUUUCUCUUUGUUUGGACUAUUGUUGUACUUUACUUAUAUUAAACCAUCAGAAAAAAAUUAUACCAAUGAUUCAGUACUUUUGAGGCAUAGCUUAGGUAAUGGAGGAUGUGCCAAACUUUCUCUUUAGAUACCUUCUCCUCAACUGAUUUACUAAUAUAAUAGUGUCAUAUGAAUGAUUACACAAAUUUUGAUUUAAGAUCUAAAUAGGUCCAAGAAGUGAAUUAUACUACAUGUCAGUUCUUUCUUAAUGAAAUUACUAUGAUACAGAAUAUGUUAUGAAUUGUAUUGAUUUUUUUUAUGAUAUAUCUUUUACUAGGAAAAAGUGCAUUGAAUCGAAUAGAAUUAUAUGUAUAUUAAAAUGGAGUGCUUACCUGAAGUAGGUGGCCUAGAUUGUUUUCUAGCCAAUCUUGUGUCUCUGUGUCAUGUGACUUUGGACAAGGCGCUUCAUCUCUCUGGGCCUCCAUUUUGCCAUUUGUAAAACAAGGGGCUUGAAGGGGAUGGUGUCUGAGACCCCUUCCUGCCCCCAGAGUUCUCGGUCCAACGGCUUACCCCUCUACUCGUCUGCCAACCUGUUGGUGCUAUAAGCUGCUUCAAAUAUAAAAUUAGUUUGUCUAUCGUGUACACUCAUUUAAUAGCUUAUGAAAGGCCUUUUUGUCAUACAGCUUUUUUUCUAGUUUUAUGGACUUGAUUACUGUAAUAAUGUCUUGUUUUUAGCCAUGUAUCUAAAAAUGUAUAUUCUCUUGAUGUCUCAGUAAAUUUGAUAUAUAGUUGAUGGAAUUUUGUUAUUUUAAAACAUUCUUUGGCUACUCAUCUGUCCAGCAUUUAUUAACCUAAAAACUGUGAUCAUUGUUUGGAAAUCUGUCCUAUGGAAAGAAUAAAAGCAUUUAUUUCACAGCUAACAUGUUCACAGAUUUGAAAGGAGUUUCAUUAAAGCACCAUUGCUCUGGUCUUCACUGGGUCAGUGCCUCAUUGUGCCAUCCUGCCCGUGUUUGGUUCAACAAGUUCAAAGAAGACCAGGUCUCUUCCCCUUUUUCU